AUGGCGGACACGGAGCUCGUUGUAAAAGUUGGCUCACGAAAAAGUCAGGUAAGUGCUUAAAUGGCCAAACUUGAUAUUCUAUUUUAAUUUACAACACUCAUGGAAGGCACGAUUUUGUCAGACCCCUUUUUGGACUCCAUCUAUGGAAGGCAUAACCUUUUAGAUUUCAGAUUCCGAUACAGUGCUGGGGAAGAAUUGCUUUGUCAUUUCAUAUCAUUAUUGGUCGCCAUGUGGAGGGCUUCCUUGACCGUGAUGAUUCCGACGCCCUCUUCACAAUUUAUUUCAAGGUCAAUCCGCUCCGAUUAUUUUGUUAUUUAUAAAUCAGUGAGGCUUAUACAUGUCCAUGAUAAAUUUUGAAUCACACUGUCCAAUGAGUGCAACAGGUGGUCAUUUUCAUGCCUUUUAAUAGUCAUCAGGCUUCGUUAUCAGCUAAAUUAUAUUUUUCACAGGCUUAGAUUUCUUAUCUCAUACCAAGAUCUCUGUGGUAUCUGUUCACAGGUAUGAGAUUAGGAGAAUGCAGGAAAUACCCUCGUUUGACAUUUUGCUAUAUCUAGAAAUGGGAAUCCUGUGGUCUUACAUAUGCCACUGGGUAACCAAUCGUUGAAAUGUUCUUUAUUUAGCUGAUGCAAUAAAGGUUACCUUGGGCAUUAGGAAUUGUAUUGGGAAGCUAUUGUUUGGUGGUCACUCGAGAAAAUCACUCAAGCAAAUCAUUGUGAAUUUACGCUCUUUUUGUCUUUACAAUCACAAAUAUUCUUACCCGCUUACUUUAUCAAAUGUAGGCAAAUCCAACUGGAGUUGAAUUCCUAGUUGUGCUCAGUUUUCAUUUCCUUAUUUAAGUCUCUAACGUUACCUAUAGACAUACAUUUUAUCUAUUUUUGUUCCAUACAGCUGGCUCUUAUUCAAACAAAUGUCAUAGUGGAUGAAUUAAAGAAGUUCUACCCUGGCAGAUCUUUUGAAAUUGGUUUGUAAUUAAGUUGUUAGUUACCUGGUGUUAUCUGUCACAAAUUUUUCAAAAUUCACUGCUAUUACUCCUUCUUGUUCAAUUAAAUUGGUGAAAUGAUUUGAACAAAUCUCUCUGGAUUUGUAUUCCUUUAAGGACUGUAUUCAAGUUCAGAAAAAGAAAACAAAAAUUGUGAUUUCUUGUGCCCCAUAAAACAUCAAUAUUAGGAUAUUUGAUGUUGUAGACAUCUGGCUGAAAUGUAUCAGAAAUUGAGCCUAUAUAUAUGGGUGCAACUGUACGUGUACCUGGGAUGUUGAUUUUGCCGCUCAUUUUCCCUCAAGUAGUUGGUUUUUCAUGUAAAAUCUUUUCAUAUCAAGAACUGUUUCGUAUGGUAAUGCUUCUUAAGUGCAGUGAGCUUAGCGCACCACAGUGAUGACAGGAACAAGAAAAUCAAAAUGCAAAUAGGUUUUUGGCAGAUUUCUUUGCCAUCAUUCCAUUUCUAACAUGGUCAAACUUGUUUGAGAUGGCAAUGCAAUCGUCGCUUUAUUCUCUAAGGUCGUCGCUGCAUCGUCGCAACUUCGAUUUCACUGGAAAUACUCAUACUGAGGCUUAAAAGUGUGAUGCAGGUGCAUUACUGAUUUGCGUAAUAAAACUGUUGUUAAUUGAACUAGUUCUUAUUGCCUUUGCGACAUAGUGGUUACAUAAGUUUCCAGUCACGAAGUAUUGAAGUUUCCACCUUAUAGAGGUGUCUGUAUUAUAGAGGCACUCUUUGACAUGUAUCUUUGGGACCAACAAAACUGUCCUUGAUCGCGAGACGUGUCCAUAAGGAGAUGAGGUUUGACUGUGGGUUAAUAGUUAAUAUCUUAAGAAUACACCAAUUGUUUUUAUAUAAGGAUCUGAGUUUAUGAUGGUUUGUUUUUUUAUUUCAGUUUCUAUGUCAACUGUAGGAGAUAAUAUUCUGAAUAAACCACUCCCCAAGGUGAGUACCCUGCACGUACUGUACAUUAAUGUUGAAGAUUAUUUAGCAAUAAUUAUAGGAUGAGUUAUGGAGAACGAGAUCUGUGUAAUUUUUGCAUAAAUUUUAAUAUAUUACACAAGGCUACUUGCCAAUAUUGGUUUUUGUGCAUUCAAAAUAUUUCCUUCCUCAAAACAUACUUGUUAACCUCUGCUUUAAGUUCCACUCUUCAAACAUUUGCUGUUCCUUCGUAGUUUCAGGAUACAAAUUUAAGGGAUAGUAUUUUCCUCAUUAUUCCAGAAGUUGUCAUUUGAUGAGUGUUCUUUGUCUAUAUUUGUGCUAUGUUUUUAAGCACAUUGCUGUGGCUAAUUUUUGUCUUCGUCUUAAGCAAUGUCCACUGCAUGCAUUGCUGAUGUAUAGGGAUCAAGUAAAGGGGGUCAUCUCAUUCACUUGAGUGGAAUGAAAUUGAGAGCUUUUACUUACAGGAAUUUUGUUUCCUUUAUACCAAGGGUGUAAUAUUAUUUAAUAAUUUCUAGAAAAUUCAUUUAUCUAGAUUGGAGAAAAAAGUGUUUUCACAAAGGAACUGGAAGUUGCUUUGGCUAACAAAAGGUUAGUUUCAUUAUUAGACUAUACCAGGAAUUGCCAUGGCUUGAUUGUGGUAGCCAGUUCCCUGCGGAUUCUGAUGUCUGAAUCAGCUGGCAAAAUAAGAAUUUCAACAUCACUAGCACAACUCGAAAGACGGUGUUUACCUUAAACUAAAGCCAGGCCUAAAAUGCAUGCCAGUAUUUCUAAACCAAAAAUGUUAGCACAAUUAACAUCUUUGACUCUGAAGAUGACUACCACACAGGUUGUCGAAACGUCAGUCACUGUCUACAACAACAGUCCUAUUCAGGCCUACAUUCACCCGGACGAUCAAACUCAACCUACUUUUCAAAUGACUCCUGGGUUCAAACCUUUCACAAUUAAAAGGAAGUUGAGUAAUCUAUUCAGUCCAUUACAUGGAUACCUUGUCCCACCAAAAAGUUUAGUCUUUUGCCUUGGAAGCAGAGAAUAUUUCCCUGAUCCUCAUUCAGCAAGUCGCCAUAGCUGUAAAGAAUGGUGGACUCUUGCAACUUGUUUUACUAUAUAUUAAUUAUUACCCUUGUGUUUUUAGUGUCCAUCUUGUAGUUCAUUCGUUAAAAGAUCUUCCCUCCACCUUGCCUCCAGGAAUGUUGAUUGGAGCUGUGUUCAGGUAAGCAUUAAUUUUGUAGGAUGCUUAGGUUGCCAAAAAAAAAAAAACUCCAGAAAAUUUCUGUAAAGCUAAAAGCAAGCUGCCAGCUAAUUUCACUGGUUAAAAAAGACCUUACCACCUGGUCAAAUUGCUUUGUUAAACAAAAACAUGGGGUAAUUUUGAAUGUACAGUUGGGAGGGAAAUGCCUGCUUGACUAAAAAAGGCUUGCUUAGCUUCUCCUUACUUACAUCCCUGCUUUAAGCCUAUCUUCAAUCAACACCCUGUCUAACAAGCCCAUGGCCACACCCCACCCCCUCAUCCCUGCUGAGGAAAAAGUCCCCCAACCCUUCCUCCUUCACUUCACUUAUGAAUAGGAGACUGUAAUAAAUAGCUUUAUGUGUAGUAAUAUUUUUGUUGACCACAAAGGAUAAUUGGUUUCUAUGCGCUGAUCAAAGUAUGGUACAAUCUGUACAAUAUCACUCAAAUCUCCAUGUUGAAUAUGAAUAAAAUAUUAUCAAUAUUACCCUAAUCAAGGACAGCAAUUAAAGUUUCAUAACCUAACACUGGUAUUUCAACUUUGCUAAUUAAAGAAAGGAAGCCAUGCCUCAAUGCAUUGGCUCCUCCUUCCCAUCCCUCCAACCUCAAAUGUCUAUAUCGAUAUCCCCCUUUCUUCCAAGGGAAGUUAAAUGAGGAUUUAUGAUAAAUAGGACUGGUUUUAUUUUGAACUACUCAGACGAGAUGAUCCCCAUGAUGUAGUUGUUUUCCAUCCUAAACACAAGGGAUCAACUCUAGCUACAUUGCCUAAAGGAAGGUAAGAAUUAUCUGUUUCAAAAAUAAUAAACACCUUGAUUAAAUUUUUGCUGUUGAAUAAUUUGCACUGUCAAGGACAUUAGAGCAUUGGGAUGGCAAAAGGUUUGAAUAAUGAUUUUAAUUAAUUUUAAAAUGGAACAGUGAAUUAUGGGUCGUUUGACUCGCAACUGCCCAACGACCAUCCAAUUUACGUGGAUAUACCAUAUUAUUGUUGUCACAACUCCUCUAAUAUCUAGUGACAUUUUGGAGUACUGUAGAACCCCGACUUACAGCCACCUCAGUAGUGCAUGCGGUCACCUGGUUAUAAUUACAGCCACUUUGUUUUGGCCCUGUGAAACGGCCAUACAUUUUCAUAUAAUAAACCCUCGUUAAUGUGGUCGCCCAUUAAUACAGCCAACCACCACAUUUUAAAAUCCCAAACAGUAGAGUCAACUUCAACUUGUAUUGGUUUAUUAAAAAUAGUAUUACAAUAGACUGGCCCACAUAAGUUGCAGACAACUUGUAUCAGACAACUCCAAGACGCAUUGAAGAAGCUGGUUAACCAUAAUGAUUAAUUUUUUUUCUUUGAUGAUCAAAAUUUUUAUUGACAGUGUUAUUGGAACAAGUUCCUUAAGGCGGAGUGCACAGCUCAAGAGGGCAUUUCCACAUUUAAUUAUUGAAGAUGUUGUAUCCUUCAUAUUACGAUGUCAAACAGUAUAACUGACUCAAUGACAUUAGAACUAUUAGGCAGAUGGGUGUCUAAAGCAUGUUUUGUGGAGAUCCAAAUAAUUGUGCUUUUUCUGAUGAUCUAAUAACAUUGCAACUUUAUUGACCACUGAGGGCAAUAUCCAGGGUUUAAUACCAUCAACUGACGUGAUGAAAUAAAAUAUUACAUUUCACUUUGACUCUGACGACGACCAUCACCCAGGUUGUCGAAACGUCAGUCACUGUCAACAACAGUCUUAUUCAGUGCUAUGCUAACCCGGACGAUGGUAUUCCACCCACUGAAGAAAUGACUCCUGGGUUCAAAUUUUACACAAUGUGCAUAGAGUUAAACAGUAAGAUGCGUAGAGAAAGCGUGAUUAUAUUACACUGAUUCUUAGGCGUUUACACUGGCUCCCUAUGCUUUAUAGAAUUAUUUUUAAAAUAUUGCUACUGACUUAUAUGGCUCUAAACGGUCGAGCACCUACAACUAUAGAUACAUCAAAGAUGUAUCUCGGGCCGCGUUUUACGAUCUUCAAACAAGAAUUUGUUUGACGAGCUCGUGGCUAAAUUAAAAACCUAUGGUGCUAUACUGCUCCAAAAUUGUGGAAUAAGUUACCAUUGGACAUCAGGCUAUCAUCGUCAGUUACUUUAUUUAAAACUAAGCUUAAGACAUAUCUGUUUACAAAUUCUUUUGAUGUAUAAUUUUUAUCAUUAGCCUGAAUUGUAUUGAAUAAUGUAGUUUUUUAAAAUUAAUUAAGAGUUAUGGUUAUACGGACAAUUAGUGGAGUAUGGCGCUAUACAAAUCCAUUUUAUCUUUAUUUUUAUAUGAGCAGGGAUAAACUAAUGACUUACCUCCUAGCCCUCGUUUAUAAUUAUUAGGAUUAUUUUCUUCUGUUAAUUGUCCUUGACGGAUUUAUUCAGCGUGGAAACCUCAAUACAAGAUUAAGCAAACUCGAUGCAGGUGAUAAAUACGAUGCUCUUAUCUUGGCUGCUGCUGGGAUGGAGCGCAUGGGUUGGGCGGAACGGAUUGACCAGGUAAUAUAAUUUUCCAACUCUGUGAAAACUGGCUAGAGGGCUAGACCUCCAGUUUUAAAGAGCCUAUUUUUACAGAAUUAGCUCAACAGCAUGUCUAAGCUAAGAUUGGAUGCCAUCCAAAAUAUGCCCAAGUCAGAGCGAUUUUCGUGUGACCUUAAAAUGAAAACGCGCGCACAAAACAGAAACAAAAAACAAACGGAAAUAGAGCGAUUUGAUUGGUUUAUCGAACAGAUACAAACGCGCGUGGCUUUUCGUUGGUUAAGCGAACGCUCAGGUUAAAAAACUUCAUGCCCGAGAACUCUCUAGAAAUCAACUGAUACUUCACUUUGACGUCAUUCUACAACGCGAUUGGCCAAUCGAACAAUGCCUUCUCCAUUUUAGGGUUUUCUUUGGAGGGAAAACGAACAGGCCAUGUUUUGAUCUUUUCAUCCAUUAGCUGAUAAAAAAAAAUAACGAACACUUAGCGAAACCAUUUUUCAAGGUCAUACGAAAAUCGCUCUAAUAGAAGAACGAAGGAAACGUUUGCUCCAAGUUUCUGUUAAAAAGACCCACAGCCUUUCCCAGGCCAUUUUAGAUAGUGGAGAAUCAGGCCUGUAUCCAGACCAGUUUCCACUAUUCUUCGGAAAACGUUCUACCACUUUAAAGCAUAAGGAAAUGACACUUUCUGAAGUUAAAAUUUAGUAAAUUUCCCUGCAAUUUAUGAACUUGUCUUCCUGUAUCAGCACAAGUGAUUGACGGUUGCGUUCUUGGAAGAUGGUUAUGUUUUUUCUCCUGAUCUCCACCUGGCAAUGGUACAAAAUGGAAAGAAGCACGAAAAAAAGUGAACGAGAGAGACCUCAUUGUAUAUUCCCCCUCUGUUCUCUUUGCACCCUCCUCGAUAUCUUAGCCUGCAUGAUUGAAAUCAAGGCAUGCGUAAAAUUUGCAAUGCGCCUUCGAGUUCGCGCUUGCGCGCGUCCUCUUUCCUUGAGGCAGAGUUCUGCCAAUUUGACCCCUUUGUAGCGCCCAAAUUUCUCCCUCGUCUGAGUACCAUACAGGCUACCACUGUUUGAAUGCCUGAAACAGAAAAAAAGAAAGAAAGAAGGACACCCAUGCCUGAUGCUCCAAACGUCUACGAUAAAAUAUACUGUCACAAAAUUGCUGUGUUGAAGGUACUGCUGAAACUGGAUUCAAUCAGAUAGUUACUUGACCGUUGUUAAUAUUCUCGUUUAAUCUCGUUUAUUUAGAUUCUUGGACCAGAUGAGUGUUUGUAUGCAGUAGGACAGGUAAGUGAGAGCUACAUUUAACCGGUCCAUUUACACCUCUAAAAACUCGCCUACUACUGUAGGUAUAGCCUCCUCCUUAAAUCCUUUCAACGUCCUCCAGGCAGGCUUCUGUAGGUAAUGAUAUCGAACGUUCUACUAGGAUAGAUAACUGGUUGUGUAUUCCUCGCGUGUUCCGCCAAAUGGUCAGGGAGUUUAGUUUGUUAUGAUUUCCAUCAAUACAUAUUAUUGCGGGCUCCUUUGGUCGUCCGCAAUCCUAAUCUCUAGGUUCCUAUUACGCAUGCUUGGCACGUAUGUAGCCAGCGUUCUUUUGGACUUCCACUAAGAAAGAAUGGAAUGCAUUGAAUAAAAUGCAAUCUGGUCACGCGCGUUAGUACUUUCUAUCACUCGUAAUCUGAUCGCGCAGGGGCACCCAACUACUGUUUUCUGUAAAAUAUCUGCUCGGACAAGCAAAUAUGACCUAUAAUUUUCUAUAUCUUGACGACGGCUAAAAAUUUCUAGGUGACCAUUCCAUUCAUGAGCAAGUUUCGAAGCUUAUCUUAUAAAUUCCUUCUGAAGUUUAAUCGUUCACAUUUUACUCCCCAGGUUUUUAGUAGGUCUUUUAGUAGAAAAAGGAGACCAAAAAUUUUCCGUAGAGAAAGGAAUCAGAAAAAUUGAAUUCGUAAAAUUUUAAAUUGCAACUGAAAUUUUCGAGAAAAUAAUGCUGAAGUGCUUGCUUUUUCGAAAAGUCUUAAGUUGCCCUAGGAUGACCGAACAGAUACAAAAUUUUGUAGCGCCGCUUAGAAUGCAUUUCUAGGGAUCUAAAAGUACUCUGGAUAACCUGUAAAGUGUUUUCAAUGCAUUCAAUGCAAGUGUUUUCGUGAGGGAACCGUGGUUGGGUGCCCCUGAUCACGCUGGUUUUGUCCUUCUAUAAUCUAUCACGUUAAACUUACGCAAAGCACCAGCGUUGGAGCAAGAGCGUUUGAACCUUCGAUCAAAAGCCUAAAACACGCCCACACUCCCUAACCUUUGGUUAGUACUAGUAAUUUUGUCCAAUCAUUAGUCAGUAUUCAUACAACUUGUGACAACUUAAUUGAUUUGCUGCAAGACAGGUUCGAACGGGGGCGGUAAAACGCGCAACAUCGCGUUCAACACCUUCUGUAGUAAUAUUCCAAAUCAAGUUGCCCGUUUUGGUUGGUCGUUUCACCGUAUCGUAACUCCCGUAUAUCCUUUUGUUCACAGGGGGCUCUGGCAGUAGAGGUUAACCUUGAAGAUUCUCAAACAAUUGAGUUAGUGUCUAAGCUGAUUGACAAGAAAACUAGUUUUUGCUGUGCAGCUGAGAGAAACUUCCUUAGAACUUUGGUGAGAAAAUAUAAUUGAAGGCUUUAAGAACCUAUAUGUAGCUAUAAUAUAAUUAGCCAGCUAACAAGCGUUUUUUUUUUGGAGGGGGUGGGGGCGGGGGGGGGGGAGGAUUUUUGAAAAGGCUUUGGAAUCCAGAAUACAGCUCAAGGAAUUCGGAAUCCCACUAAUGACUGGAAUCGGGAGUGCAAGUUCCACGGAUAAAGAAUCCAGAAUCCAAGUGACUUACUGGAUUUCCUUAAAUUGGACGAAAAGAAAGAGCAGGAGUUCAGCAUUGCCGACGUGCCUGUUUAUGAUCCCUUAAUAUCAAACGUAUGACCUAAAAUAGUAUACAACUAUCCCCCGAAGGGGAGGCGAAUAGUGGUGGCAUAUACUGAGACGCAUAGCGUCGAGGUAUAUAUCGAGCGCUAUGAAAAGACCCUUAGGGGAAUAGUUGUUUUAGUAUUUACCAAAUCAGUUGGAUAAAAAUGGAAAAAAGUAGCUUUUUGUAAAUUAAGCACGUCACUUAGUAGGAACUUUAUUAACAAUUUACAAACAUUUCGGGGAUUCUGUAAAGCGCCUUUAUACUUUUUUGUUCCUUAUUCAGCAUGACCAUAAUUUUCUAUCUACCAGUGAACACCGACAAACCAAAGUUCGUCGCUUUUUUGGUGUUUGUUUGUACCACUGUUUCAUUUAUCGCUCAAAUUUCGUCCUUCGAAAAUGUUUCGAAACGAGACGCCAUCUCGGCUCUGGUCGCAAAACGGUGAAUAGCCAAGGAUAUUCCGAGUUACGGGAGCCAAUCAAAACGCGCGAAAAUUGCUAUUCACUGAUUUGGUAAAUACUAACAGAAACUGGUCUCGAUCCGCGUGUGGGCUCGUCCCAAAGAAAGCUACUCUUCUGAAAGUGACCAAGGCUUUUGCUCUUUUAAUACUAACGUCUCAGGAAAGUCAGUAAUAAGUUGCUGUUUGAGGAUCUCCAUGGGGUGGUAGCUUUGACGUAUGACGGUUAAUUUUUUCCAAUGUUAACGGUUAUUAGCCGCGAAGGAAAUUUAGUUCUACAGUUAAAGUAAUAUUGUCUUCUUUGUAAAUAAAUAUUGACUGUUGUGUUUUGGAGGUUGUAAUGCCCUUUCACUUACAAAAUUUCGAAAUGUUUUCGUAUAUAAGCAAGUUGUAAGGUCUUGUAAUGUCUAGAGGAAGCGUUUCGAGAAUAUGGGAACUGUUUUUUUUUAGUUUAGAGAUUCUUCAGGAGCCAGAGGUUCAAAAGAUCAGCUGAAAUAGUGAGAUGUGAAGUACCUUGAAACUUUUUUACGGUUAAUAUUAAUCUACGUUUUUUACUGUUGACGAUGAAAAAAAUGCCUUUUUCAACGGCUGACGGUUAACCCCAUUGAAGUCAUUGUUACUCUCGUUUUUCACUUAUUAUUUGCUCAGGAAGGGGGAUGCAGUGUUCCGAUUGGAGUUACUGCUAGUUUGGAUGGUAAUCAGGUACGCUUUGUUUACUGUUGUUUGUUUGUUUGUGUAUAUAAAAAGUAAUACAUAAAUAGCAAUUAUAGUAUAAAAAAAAACCCGAAGGAUUACGGUCUUACUUUACUUUGAGGCGCUUUCCAUUCAGUCAAAUUCUGCAAAAAAUUUUAGUUGAAAUGGAACGGUCCUUUCCGGGUCGGUCGGUUCAAUUGAUCAGUAGGUAGCGUUUCAUUCAUUGCAUGAAAUUUCCGAAAGUUUGAACCGGACUUUUUGUCAAAUGAAAACCGCUCGAACUCAAUAAAAAGCCUUCUUGCUCGUUACCAGGCGGCGCUCAUGCUUCAACAGGUAACUUUCGCCAAAUAUGUCUGCUUCCCUACUAAGAGUAUCUCAAUGUGGCGAGAGCGAAUUAUCUUUCAAGGGAAGAUUAUAUGCCGGCCGCAACGCAAAAGUCAAACCAAUCAAGCGAUAAACCACUAUUAAGCGGUCACUCGGCCGAAGUCCCGGAAGUCGUCGUUAGUUUCUUUAGCUAGCGUUAGCGUCUUCUUCAGUUCUUGAUUUAUUGUUCAUCCUAUCAAGCAGGUAAUUAACGGUCAACUUGCCAUUCCCCAAGGGUGAUUUAGUGGCGGAUCCAGGGGAGGGGCCUGGGCCCCCCCUUUUUUAGACCAAACUGAGGCCCGAAGGGUCGAAAAAAAAUUUUUUUGGAGACCAGUCCCCCUCCCCUUAUCUCAAAGUCUGGAUCCGGCACUGUCAGACUUCUUGAUCCAGUAUGUAAAAAGAGUCGCUUUUUAUUAUGCGGACUGGGUUGAGAAACCUUUAGCUUGGUUUGAAUCUUGCUUUCUAGUUAAGUAUCACCGGUGCUGUGUUCAGCCUUGACGGAAAAGAGUGCUUGAAGGAGAAGGUCUCCGGAACCCUCCCAGAUCCUGCCGUUCAGACGGGUGUCUGCUCUCAUGCCGUGCUCACCAAAUCCAGCAUAUUUGUCCCAGAGGAAGCCCGCGACACCCUUGUAGCAGCGGAAGAACUGGGAGAGCAGUUAGCGCAAGCUUUGAUCGCUCGCGGAGCUGAGCGAGUGCUGCGAGCAGCUAGAGAAGGGAAAGAUCUUAGCCAAUAGGCAAUAAAAAUAAGUGCGAGUUAGACCUCAUCACGGUUUUUGACACCAUCUUUUUCCAUACACUUGUCGGUAUUUCUUUCUCCGAGAGAAAAAUAGCUAUUUUUCGGAGGGAGAGAAGCGACGACCGGAAAUGCGUCUGCUGUUCGCAGGCUAACUGACAGUUUGUUCUACUUCGAAUUUACACAGAAACAUUGCAAUUAUUUAUAGCCUUACCGACAAGAUGGCGUCGAAAAUAGUGAUAGGGUGUAACGGCGACUAGAAGUCGAGUAACAAUGCUAUAAGAAUUUUACGUAUUUUUUCCCUUAUGAAUAAGCUCUUGCAGUUCCAUCGGUGUUCAUAAUCAAUAUUCAAGAAUAUAAAAUUUCAUCUUAGGAAACCUCCCAUGUAAAAGUGAAGUAUUACCACGUUAAAUUAUUUCUUGUUAGCAUCGGAAUGGCCACACAUUUAGUCCAAGGGCUCCAUUCUCAAACACAAAGGUUGAAGCUACUUUAGCCGGGAUGGCAGGUGGUUAAUCUCGCAACCAGAUCUAACUUUGUCGUACGCUUAAAAAAAAUUAGACCCUGUACAAGAAUGGGCAAGCUUUCAAAGGUAGGAGAGAUUAGGCGCGCGAGGGACUGGGUAAAGCCUGUCUUAAAAAGACUCACACCAGUCUAAACACUUUAUUCCUCCACUGAGGUUGCAAGAGCAAAGGAGACUUCUGUCUGAUUGGCUGUUUGAAUCUUUAGUGUUCAGUCUUCUUACCGCGCGCAAAAGUGUAAACAAAGAUGGCUGCCAAUGGGAAAGUUUCUUGUAGUUCUCCUGCGAUCGAUCGUUCCUUCGAGAAUUUCUGCUAAGAGUUGUUGAUUUUCAUGUCACAAAUAGCGGGGGAAGGUUUUCAAGGAUUAUGUCAAUCGACAGGGUGUUUUUACCUUGGCCCUUGAAAGAGGACUUUCUUUCUUAACAGAUUGACCAAUGAAAUCACAGAUGAGAUUAACCGGUCAGACAAAAGUCUCCUUUGUUGGUUGCAAGAUCUUUACUUAGCUUUAACUUACAGUGCGACUACUCGAACCGGGCCAUUUGGAAGAAGAUUGUCAAAGACAGUGCCUUGUUUUUAAGCGGAGUGUCAACCAACGUUAUCUAAUAUUAUUCAAUAUUUAAAAGUAACUAUUUUAAAUUAUUUAAAUUCUAGUAAUUGUGUUUCGAAAUGGUUGAAAUAUUUCACACUUGAACAGGCAUCUUUGAACCAUUUUAUAAAUCACGAAUAGAUCACAGGAGAUCGAAAAACUCAUUCGAGAAGUUCUAUCAAAACCUGAAAGGAAUGUGUUUCAUUCUGUAUUCAGGAACUUCGACGGCAAUAAGUGUAAAAAAACUAGGCCUUGUGUCAUUUGCCAAUUCACUUCCAGGGUCAAUUUUAUAAAACUAUUACAAGUGUAGUUUACAAGUGUAGCUGUUGUUUUAAGACUAUAAAACAAUGGGUACACUUGUAAAUAUCACAUUAUUUAAUUUCGAUGAACAAGGUUGUUUUAAUCUAAAAUCUUUGUUACUCUCUUAUUUUGUCGAAAAUUGUAGUUUUUAAAUUUUUUUUUCACAAUUUAUGGACACUAAUAUUUGCAGGAGCUAACGUCAAAACGUCAUUCCACGUAUUUACAUGAUGAAAUGAAUUUUAAUUAACAAUCUUAAACAAACGCCAUGCGUUCGUAAAAUAAAAUGCAAAACUCACUUCAAAUGAAAUUGUACCUCUUCACACUUUU